AUAUGAUGUACUGCGGGUGUCAGCAGCCUGGAGUCUUUUCAUUGAGGAAAACCUUGCUUUUUAACUGUGCUAUGGAAUAGAAGAAGCAGGAGGGGUUCCUACCAAGUGACAGUCACGGCUCACUCAACUACCCCUCCUCCUUUCCACACCUGCAGGAUCUUCUGCCUGGCUGGAAUCUUUUCACUUAAUUGCAUCUCAGUUCUGAGGGUGCCUGUUGCAAAUCCCUGGAUUAAAAGAUUCAUUACUGCUCUGCUGAGUAGAUGAACUAAAUCAUGAAAUUGGCUAUCCUCUUCCUUCUACUCCUGCCACUUUGCUUGGCCAAACCAUUCUAUCAAAGAGGCUUGUUUGAUUUUAUGCUUGAAGAUGAAGCAGGAUCUGGAACUCCUGAACCUACAGUAUAUCCUCCUAUGCCAGUAUGCCCAUUUCGUUGUCAAUGCCACCUCCGGGUUGUGCAGUGUUCCGAUUUAGGUUUGAAGGAAGUUCCAAAAGAUCUUCCCCCAGAUACUACUCUGCUGGACUUACAGAACAAUAAAAUAACUGAAAUAAAGGAUGGAGAUUUCAAAAAUCUGAAGUAUCUUCAUGCAUUGAUCCUUGUUAACAACAAAAUCAGCAAAAUCAGCCCUGGAGCUUUUUCUCCACUCAAGAAACUGGAGAGACUUUAUCUUUCCAAAAACAACUUGAAGGAACUUCCAGAAAACAUGCCAAAAAGUUUGCAGGAACUGCGUGCACAUGAAAAUGAUAUUGUCAAAUUAAAGAAAGCUGUCUUCAGUGGACUGAAUAAUGUGAUUGUCAUAGAAUUGGGCACCAAUCCAUUAAAAAGUUCAGGGAUUGAAAACGGAGCCUUUCAAGGGAUGAAGAAGCUCUCCUACCUCCGUAUUUCAGACACAAAUGUAACUACUGUUCCUAAAGGCCUUCCUGUAUCUCUGACAGAACUUCAUCUUGAUGGCAACAAAAUCACCAAACUUGAUGCAGAUAGUUUAUCUGAACUUCCCAAUUUGGCUAAGCUUGGCCUCAGUUACAAUCACAUUGCUAGUGUGGAUAAUGGAUCUUUAGCCAAUGUGCCACAUUUGAGAGAGCUCCAUUUAGACAACAACGAACUUGCCAAAGUACCUGCUGGACUAGGAGAACACAAAUAUAUACAGGUUAUCUACCUUCACAACAACAAAAUUGCUGCCAUUGGCCCAAAUGAUUUCUGUCCUCUUGGAUACAAUAGCAAAAAGGCUUCUUAUUCAGGAGUAAGCCUGUUUAGUAACCCUGUGCAAUUCUGGGAAAUUCAGCCAUCUGCUUUCCGAUGCAUCUAUGAACGAUCUGUAAUACAACUUGGAAACUACAAAUAAAUGCACAAAAGUGUUUUCAGUUAAAUACCUGUUGCUUUUUAAAAUUGUUGGUAACUAUUAAAGCCAAAUAUUGGAGACUUAACUGCAGAGUGGAGAUUAUUAUAUUUGUAAAAGACCCAAGAGAUAAUUUCCAGAGAAAAAUAGUUGAAUUUACUUUGUUUUUACUUCAUCAGCACACAUAAUAUAGUUUGUGGUAUCUCUCCAUUAGGUGAGCACAACAGAUUUUUCAAUAUUUCACUGUGCAUGAGAUUUGGGGGUAAAUAUUUUUCAUAAUUAGAAAUGGUAUAAAGCACAUUUUUACUCUGCAGUGACAGAAAGAAAUUACUUAGAGGAAAAAGAAAUAAAGUACAAUUUUUCUAAAAAAAAUUAAUCAACCAAGUCUUAAUGAACUCCCAUCUGUUUAAGAUUUAAA